AGCCCACAGACACAAAAUGGAUUUCAAUGACGUUUUCCGUUCAUUUUUUGGUUCUUUUAGUCCCAGAGGUUCAAGGUUUAUGGAUGACGAUGAUGAAUUUGAUGGUGCAGAUUUCUUCAGUACACCGUCUGAUUUCCAUGGACACCAAGAUGAUGAUGAUGGUGAUGAUGACAUGACCUUUGGGGGAGGUCAUGGUGGAAGUUUCCCGCCACAUGGAGGAGACUUUUUCUUCAGAUUUGAGGAAGACACAAGAAACAUAUUUGGCCAUUUCGAGGAAAUGUUUAAAAACUUUGGACACAACGAAUUUCUACCAUCAGUAUUUUCAGAAGCUGGAAAAGAACCACCAACUCCGUCACUACCAUCACCAUCAUCAAAGCACCGAUCACCAAGAGAUCUUAUGCUGAAACAUCCAGACAGUGAUGAGCCCUCAACAGCGCCCUCAACAACACUACCUGACCAGGCUGGUAAAGAUAGGCUACAGGGGAAUCCAAGCGCUGAAUCACCCUCAUGGUUUUCUCUAUGGACUUCUAAGCCAGAAUGGCAGUGGACGCUACCUUCAUUACCUUCAUCAACACACAGAGAGGAUCAAGAUAUUGAUGAGCAAGUGAAAGGAAGAAAGUUGGAUGAGAUCUUAACGCAAAGGGAUCCAUCCUCAUCAUCCUCCUCCUCAUCAUCAUCACCAAGUGCAAUUUUUAGUCAGACACCCACCUUUCGUUCAUACUCCAAGAGCAUCUCCAUACAGACAGUACGGAAACCGGACGGGACAGUGGAGCAGAGACGAACUGAGACUGAUGGAGACGGGAACGUAACUACAACAGUCACGAGCACAAACCCAAAUGAAGGAAGAAACUCACACACCAGUCCUGGCUGGAGGACGCCCCCAUGUCAAAGAAGCCCUACUACUGAUCCAUUCAGAAACAGAGUGGAAGACACACCACUAGCACAAGAUAAAACAGACUCAAUAUUUAAGAAACUCUUUGGUUCGUGGUCUUGAGAUGGCAGAUGGUGAAUGAGGGACUUCUAUUUCUAAGAAUAUUUAUGCACCCAACUCAGGAAGAAUGUAUCGUUAAUCAGAGUAAAUAAAACUGUGAGUUUUUUAAAGCCUUGUUGAGGCCUUGUUUAUUGACUUUGUGUAAACGAGUAUAAAAAGAACAUUUUGAUUUUCCAACGAUUGGAAAUUAUUCUCUUCACUCCAUUUGCAAGAAUGGAAAAGAAUCACUAACAUUCAAAUGGAUAUUUUUUCCUUUGAUUGAAGGAUAGUUUUGUCCUUCAAUCAAAGGAGUGGAGAGAAUAAUUUCCAAACGUUGACAAAUCAAAAUGUUCUUUUAAACUCUGUUACGCAAAGUCAAUGGAACAUUCCGUAUUUAAACUCAUAAGAAAAUAGGGAAAGCUUGUUGCAUGCUGUGUGAUUGUUGGAUUGCCUAAAAUGUGUACUUUCUUAAUACAAUGGAUAGCGCCCUCUAUUGUUAUUAAAAUGUUCAUGAAGAGUUGAGGAUCCUGCA